AACGAUGAUAUCUUGAAAUUUUUUUGUAAAGUAAUGUAAUAGUGUUUGAUUAGUUUCAUUUCUUGUGUCAUUGCUUUUUCAUUUUCUCCAGUUUUCGGUUUUAUCAGUUGCAGUUUAUCAAUUGUAAUAUUAUCAGAGAGAAGGGAGGCGAAUCUGUCAGAAGCAGCAGACUAAUUGAGUAAUGCAAUUAACAAUGGCUCUGCCUUAAUGGGCUAAAGAUCGUGGUGUAUUUUUUAGUAUAUAAUCUUUUCUCCUUUGUUUUUCAUUAACGUAAGUGAUUAUUAUUAUAAGUGCAUUCCUAGCAUCUCUCUCGAAUUUUAGGAGAUCAUGGCUAAUCGAGGUACUGCUCAAAGGCCAAAUGGUUCAACACAGGGAAAAAUAUGUCAGUUCAAACUAGUGUUACUAGGGGAAUCUGCAGUUGGAAAGUCAAGUUUGGUUCUUAGGUUUGUUAAAGGACAGUUCCAUGAAUAUCAGGAAAGUACGAUAGGAGCUGCAUUUUUAACACAAACUGUAUGUUUGGAUGACACGACUGUAAAGUUUGAGAUAUGGGACACAGCAGGUCAAGAGCGUUAUCACAGUCUUGCACCAAUGUAUUAUCGAGGUGCUCAGGCAGCAAUUGUUGUGUAUGAUAUUACAAAUCAGGACACAUUUGUGCGUGCACAAACGUGGGUAAAAGAAUUGCAACGGCAAGCCAGUCCAAGUAUAGUUAUAGCAUUAGCAGGGAAUAAAGCAGAUCUCACAAAUAAAAGAGUCGUUGAAUAUGAUGAAGCUCAAGCAUAUGCAGAUGAAAAUGGUCUUUUAUUUAUGGAAACAUCAGCCAAAACAGCAAUGAAUGUUAAUGAUAUAUUUCUAGCAAUUGCUAAAAAGCUUCCGAAAAAUGAGCAGUCAGGAAGUGCAAGUACAAGUGGGCAAGGCCGUCGGCUCGUUGAAUCAGAAGGGCAAAAAGCAGCAACCGGCAAUUGCUGCAAGUGAUUAUCCAAAUCUAUAUGUACUAUAUUCAACACAGAUAAGUACAUCAUGAGUGUGUCUGCAAUGAGUUUGAAAGGAAUGUACACGAAGGGAAACCACUAUAAGGAAUGGGCGGUGAAAUGUGCAACACGAACACUUGCUCGAGUGAUUGACUAAAACGUGUGUCUCAAUGUAUUUGACGAUAUAUCAUCUAUUUUGAGUAUCAAAUCUAUUAAAAAGUGGUAAAACUCCCAUUUGUUAUUAUAGUAGUACUGAGCGGUGUUCGUUAUAAAUAUAUAUAUAUAUAUAAAUAUUUAUAUAUAUAUAUAAAUAUAUAUAUAUAUAUAAAUAUAAAUACAUUAUAAUAUAAAUCAUAUAAGUAAAUAUGAUUUGUGUAAUAAGUAAUAUUAAUGGUAAUGAAUAAUAAUAAUAAUAAUAUUAAUAAUAAUAAUAAUAAUAAUAAUAAUAAUAAUAAUACAUUUAACAUAUACAACAUUUGAUGAACUUUUGGCACGCAAGCAUCUUGUAAGAUAUAGUACAGGCCAUUCCUGCUGCUAUAAUUACUAUGUAUUUACUUUCUUAGAUUGUAAUGUGUAUAACAGUUCUUGCUCUAAAACAUAUUGUAUAUUAAUUUUAUUGAUAAAUCAUGAUAAAUUAUGAAUGAUUAUACAAAAAAAGAAAAUAAACUUGUGAAUAUUAUAAUAA